GGCAGUCUCUUGGAUGUUCACAAUCGAUGGACGCUUGCCUGUGAAUCUUUGGGAAGCCUUGCAUACUCCGCUUAGUUACCUGGAUGGGGCGCAGGAUCUUUUCUUUGAUGGGUGUGGAACGAAGAUCACCUAUCGAAUCCUCGUCGAUGGGUAUCGCGAGUUCAGCAAACAGAUGAACGCUCAACGCCGCUACCGAGGGCUAACCCUGCCCAUCUCGCGUUCCAAGGUGGCGAAGCAGAUUGCUCAAGUAGUUAGCAAAUUCAUUGAAUGUGCGAGCGAAGUGACUGCGAAUAGCGAACUACGCUUUGGGCCUGGUUAUAUCACCCUCGACCAGAUUUAUCUAGUUGAGCUUCGACAAGUUUCCUCGGCUUCCUUUCAGCCUAUUUUGGCUGUGCUAUGCCGGCAGCUUCCGCAGGUGCUCCCGACGUACGCGCAAGUCGACGCCGCGCCUGGAGGAUUUUCAAAUGUCCUCACGGAAUUUGCCAGCGAACUGCAAUGUCUUACUCAUGUUCCCCUGUCGGGCUUACCGACCUACAGUUGCUGAACGCCACUGAGGUCGACUGGCACUGGUGCAGGCCUUGCGAUUACCACUGUAUGCAUCAUUUACUCAUUCCCUGUCUAUCCUUAUACUGUGCAAUCUAGA